UGGAGGCACGCAAGUCUGAAAGAAUGGCCUGCUCGGGAUCGGGCUGGACGAGGGCUCAGCUCUAAGAUGACUGGCCCCUGGUACCUGUCUCAGUGAUGAAGAGCACCUCCACCAUCUUCCUCCUCACUCUGGCUGUCUUGUGCAGAGCUGAGAGAGUGAGUGGGAAGACGGUGAAGGACACAGUGCAGGAAUGGAACAGGUAUCGGAGCGAGUGCAUCAUGAAGAUAAGCUCACAACCAACCCCCUCUGGUUUGUUUUGCAAAAGCAUGUUUGAUAUGUACGCUUGUUGGACAGAUGGAGUUCCCAACACAACAGUGAAAGUGCCGUGCCCCUGGUAUCUGCCCUGGCAUGAUCAAGUUCGUAAUGGGUUUGUGUCGCGGGAAUGUGGUCCAGAUGGCCAGUGGCUCACUGUCAACCACAGCAGCACAUGGAGAGACCACUCACAGUGCAAUGCAGAUGGCAGACAGCAGAUAGCACAGGAGAAUCAGAUGAUGGUCUUGGCCUAUUUCAGGGUGAUGUACACGGUCGGUUACUCUCUGUCUCUGGCCAGCCUGUCUUUAGCACUCAUCAUACUUCUCAUAUUCAGGAAGCUUCGCUGCACACGCAACUACAUCCACACCAACCUGUUUGCCUCAUUCAUCCUGCGAGCCGUGUCCAUCCUCACAAGAGACGCGCUGCUCAUGAAAGAUGCUCCCGAGUUCAGGGACAACAAAGAUGUUUCUAUCGUUCUGAGUGACCAGGUGAUGUCAGGCUGCCGUGUGGCUCAGGUCCUGAUGCAGUACUGUGUCGGCGCCAACUACUAUUGGCUUCUGGUGGAAGGUUUAUAUCUCCACAACCUGCUGGUGCUGAUGGUCUUCUCAGAGAACAGUUACAUUUGUGUAUACUUCUUCAUCGGCUGGGGAACGCCUGUGCUCUUUGUGGUGCCUUGGAUAGUUGUUCGUUACUUGUAUGAAAACACAAGGUGCUGGGAGAUCAAUGAAAAUAUGGCAUAUUGGUGGAUCAUCCGAACGCCAAUCCUUUUGGCCAUUUUAGUGAACUUUUUCAUAUUUAUACGGAUUAUUCUGAUCCUCAUCUCCAAAUUAAAAGCACAUCAGAUGAGAUAUACAGAUUAUAAAUUUAGAUUAGCCAAGUCCACACUGACCCUCAUUCCCCUGUUAGGGAUUCAUGAGGUGGUGUUUGCAGUGAUGACAGAGGAACAGACUGAAGGAGUGCUUCGCAAUGUCAACCUGUUCUUUGAACUCUUCUUCAAUUCUUUUCAGGGUUUUCUGGUGGCCAUAUUAUACUGCUUUGUCAAUAAAGAGGUACAGUCGGAAAUCAAAAAGAAAUGGCAGCGAUGGAAACUGGGAAUAAGUAUUUUGGAUGACCAGCGUAACACAGGUAGCAACACUCAGCCGGUAGGAACCGGUGCUCAAUGUCACCAUGACCCGUCCUGCUCUCCCGAAUGCCCUCUGGACAGUGGCAGCCAGCUGUCCUCAGACCCAACACCCUCCAUCCAACACCACUACCAUCCUGGAGCAAAGAAAGGCAAGGCGUACUGCUAUAUAUCUGCCCGAAAGCAGGUCGUCAAUGGGUUGGAUGUGCCAGCUUUACCGCAGUGUGGUGGAGAAGGAGCAGGCAUGUAUUCUGAGAGCUACUGCUGAACGUGACUUGGUCUUUUUAUUAUCACAAGGAUAUUCCUACAUCACAUUAUUCACGUAACGUCUGGCAACCCUUUUUUUGUGUUUGAUAUUUACCACUAUACCUCAUUUUGGACACCAGAUGAAUUUUGUUAUGUGCCAACGAUAUGGAUCAUAUUAUGUACAUUACCACAAAUGCAAAUAUAGAUUGACGUGCAUGUGGAUUAUCUGUUGGACGUUCAGAGGUAAGGCACGCAAACAUCAUAUAGCCUGCAAAAUCAACUAAAUAAGCAUAAGUAUGUUGACUUUUUACCACGCAGACAUUAAUGGUUACAGGUUUUGAGUCAGUAAGAUAAAAAAAUUAAUAGGAUGAAUUAAAAAUGACAGUACAGAUUACAUUAGCUAUGUUUCCAUCCACCUAUUUUUAUGGGCAUUUUGGAUAUUCGCAUUAAAAAUGGUUGAUGGAAAUGCCAAGAUGCACAUCAAUUUUGAAAAUGUGCAUAAACAUGCGCAAAGAGUAGGAUAAACUUUUUAUUCGAUAAGAACAAAUUCUGAAC